AUGGCUGGCGAAAUCGAAGAGCCGAUCAGUCGCAAGAUUGAUCUAGAUCUCGGGUCUGAGGAGAAGAAGGGGACUAUCACAGAAAAGUCUCUUGAUUCCAAUGAUACUCCUGCAGAUGAGAAAACCGAGAACGAGGUGGAUAUUAAUGAUGAAGGUGUUGGUUUCCAAGGAGAUGACCAUGAGGAAUACAUCAAAGGGCAUCCUGUGAUUCGAAAUGGUCUUGAUGUUUCAAAAUUCCUGAUCUCAACUAGAGAUGAUGGCGACCCAUCAUUUACCUUUCGAUCCAUCGUUCUAGGAACUAUCUUUACUGCCCUGUCUAGUGUUAUCACUAUGCUUUACGUCUUCAAGCCUGUUGAAGUCUCAGUAUCUACUGUCUUCUUGCAAUUGCUGGUAUUUGUUUUUGGAGAGGCAUGGGCACGUCUGACUCCCAAUCCAGAGAGAUUUCAAACAAACUGGGUCCGAAAGACACUCCAGCUUCUCAAUUUUGGCCAACCCUUUGGUAUCAAAGAACAUGUCGUCGCCUCACUGAUCGCCUCGUCGGGUAACAACGGCUUAGCGGGAGUGGAGGUGUAUGCUAUUGAGCGUUUGUUCUAUGACCGAAGCAUCUCCGCAUCAACUGCUGUUCUUGCCACCUUCUCAAUCUCACUUUGUGGAUUUGUCUUGGCUGGUGCACUGCGUUCGCUCAUCGUUUACCCUGCUGAGAUGGUCUACUGGUCAACAUUACCACAGGUGGUUCUCUUUCAGAAUUUGCACUUCGACCGCGAGAAGAACAAGAAGCGUCUGAAUAAAUUUGGCAUUGCUCUAGGUUUAUCUGCAUUUUGGGAAUUCUUCCCAGCUUACAUCAUUCCAUGGACAGGUGGUAUCUCGGUCUUCUGCCUUGCAUCAAUGAACGCACCAUCUAAGACCAGGAACAUUUUCGGAAAGGUUUUCGGAGGUGCCUCCUCUAACGAGGGUAUGGGACUUCUUAACUUUGGUCUUGAUUGGCAAUACAUUCAGAGUUUGUAUUUGUCGCUUCCUUUCAAGCAACAAGUUAACACUUGGAUUGCCUAUGUUAUCUGGUAUCCUGUUAUGCUGGGUUUAUGGUACGGCAAUGCCUGGAAUGCCAAAAGCUUCCCGUUUAUGUCGACAUCUCUCUUUGCAGCAAAUGGAAGCACAUUUUCGACAACUUCAAUCCUCGACAGUGCUGGAAUCGUUGAUGAAGCCAAGCUUGAGGCAACGGGCUUGCCAUGGCUGACCUCGAGUACUGUUUGGGGAUACUUUACUCAAAAUCUCGCUAUUGGAGCCUUGAUUUCCCACGUCUUGAUUUUCUACACCAAGGAUAUGAUCGUUGCGUGGAAGGGUGCACGCUCCAAGAAGCUGCCUGAUCCUCAUUACCAGGGUAUGCUCAAAUAUAAGGAGGUCCCCCAGUGGUGGUAUAUCGUUCUCUUUGUCCUGGCCUUCGUCGCUGGAAUUAUCGUCACAGCCAAGGGCGAGACCACCCUUCCUGUUUGGGGAUACAUCAUCUCUCUUCUGCUGGGAGCAGUUAUUGCGCCGUUUUCCUGCAUUCUUUACGGACUCUACGGUACAGGUGUCUCGACAAAUCAACUGUCAAAAAUGGUUGCCGGUGCCGUCCACCCAGGUCGACCCCUGGCAAACCUGUACUUCGCCAGCUGGUCGCAUCAGGUCAUUCUGCUUGCCGUCAAUCUGGCUAACUGGCUUAAAGUUGGACAAUACACCAAGGUUCCUCACCGCGUCAUGUUCUUUACUCAAAUCUACGCCACCCUUCUUGGCGCUGGCUUGAACUACGUUGUCAUGACUAUCAUUGUUAGCAGUCAGAGAGAGAUUCUCCUAAGUGCUGAAGGCAACAGUAUCUGGAGUGGAUCAACACUGCAAAGCAUGAACUCACAGGCGAUUACAUGGGCGCUGGCGAAGAAAAUGUACAGUUUGAAUGGUCAGUAUUACAUGGUCCCUCUUGCUCUGCUCAUUGGUCUUGCGCUCCCAUGCAUGCACUAUGGUCUGAACAAGGCUUUCCCUCGUCUGCGUAAAUGGCCGAUCAACACCCCAAUGAUUGCACUCUACACUGGAGCCAACUACUAUGGCAAUACCUCAUGGGUCUGGUCAUCUAUUGCAGUUGGUGUUUUCUCGCAGUUUUGGCUUCGACGACGUCUCCCGCGAAUCUAUAAUGAGUACAAUUAUCUUAUUGGAGCUGCGAUGGAUGGUGGAUCUCAGAUUAUCAUUUUCAUUCUGUCAUUUGCGGUUAUGGGUGCGGCUGGAUCCGAGCAUCCGUUCCCAACCUGGUGGGGAAAUCCAAGCAGUGGAAAUGCGGAUCAUUGUUCAUAA